AUGAAUGACAACGACGAGGCACCGAUUGAGACGAAGACGACGGUACCAUUAGUACCUUCGCCGACCACGAAUCUUUCUCUUCCCAACGACAUACUUUUGAGUUUCCUAAGCCGGAUCUCUAGAUUGUACUACCCAACUUUCUCCCUCGUCUCCAAGAGUUUCCGAUCUCUAGUCGCUUCACCGGAGCUUUAUCAGACCCGAUCCGCACUCGGCCGUACAGAGAGCUGUCUCUACGUGUGCUUACGGUCACUCACCGACUCUAACCUUCGGUGGUUCACACUCUGCCGUGUACCAGAUCGGAAACUAACCAAUUUCUCAGGUGGCCAUUUACUAGUCCCAAUCUCAUCAAGCCAUUCUCCUCCUCCUGCUCAUUGGUCGAGCGUGGUCGCGGUUGGUUCUAAUAUAUACGCUAUUGGAGUUGGAGGGCCCAUCAACGACGCACCUUCCUCUACUGUCUCGUUCUUGGACUGUCAUAGUGACACGUGGCGAUCAGCUCCACCGAUGCGUGUGGCUCGGAACUACCCCACCGUGAGUGUUCUUGAUGGGAAGAUGUACGUAGCUGGAGGCUGUCAAGAUUGCGAUUCGUUGAGUUGUGUAGAAGUGUUCGACCCAAAGACUCAAAAAUGGGAGUUUGUGGCAAGUCAUGGCACCGAGAGAUGCGAGAGGCUUGUUUACAAAAGCGUAGGGGUCGAAGGAAAGUUUCACUUGUUUGGUGGUGCAAGCAACGUGGCUCACAACCCGAGAGAAGGUGGAUGGGACUUGAUAGGUGUGGAUAUGGAUAUGGGUCGGGCAUGGGUUCCUUACUGCGUGGUAAACAAUGUGUUGUUCUAUUAUCAUGAUAAGUAUAGAGAAUUUAGAUGGUAUGACUAUAAAGGAAGAGUUUGGAGGAAAGUUUUGGGUUUAGAACGGUUGAUUAAGUUUCACUGUUAUAGCCGUGUUAACUUGGCGGAGUAUGGUGGGAAGAUGGCGGUUUUGUGGGACACGUUUGUGCGUGCGAGUGGGUCUAAGAACAAGAUGAUUUGGUGCGCUGAAAUUACGCUUGAAAGACACGGCGUGGACGAGAUUUGUGGCAAGGUUGAGUGGUUUGAUGUUGUGUGCAGAGUUUCGAGAUCAUAUGAGUUGGUGCAUGUUCUUGCUGCUAAAGUUUGA